AAGUUGCGUCACGUUGUUUUGGCGUGUUGUCCUGGCAGCAGCAAUUAGCUACGUUAGCACCUUAAGCUUCAGACAGAAAAAUGUCAGCAGCCGAGGACGACACGGAACUGCGGGACCUGCUGAUCCAGAAUCUUGAGAACAGCGGAGCUCUGAACAAGCUGAAGGCGGAGAUGAGAGCGGCGGUGUUCCUGGCAAUGGAGGAGCAGGACAAACUGGAGAAUAAAAGUCCGCUGGUCAACGAGAGCCUGAAAAAAUGUCUCAACACCAAAGACGGUCGUCUGGUGGCGAGUCUGAUCGUGGACUUCCUGCAGGUCUUUAACCUGGACUUCAGCCUCGCCGUCUUCCAGCCAGAGAUCAACUCUGCGAGCUGUCUGGAUGGGCGGGAUCAGAUCUCCAGGGAGCUCGGCCUCUCCGACUUGGACCUGAACAGGAAGUCUCCACUGCUGCUGGAGCUUGUCAGGAGGGGGCGCCACCGGGACAAAGCGGCCUCCUUGGCUGAGGAGCUGACUCAGAAACAGAUCACAAAUGCCAAUAAGAAGUUUGACUUUUACGACAAGGACCACAGCGGCUCAGUGCUGAGAGAAAAUCUGAAAAACAUCUUUACUGAUUUGUUCCCCGCUGUGAACAAGAACUUGUUGGAGAGGUUCGUCACUGAUGAGCUCAGAGCCUCAGAAAAAGACUUCUCUACAACUAUAGACUUCCAGCAGUUCCUCGGGAUGUACCGACGGCUCUUCUCUCAGUGCAGGAGUGUGGUGCUUCAGGACUCUGAUAUGGGUGUGGCUCAUAGCCAGUUACCUGAGCAGAAAGUCAGCCCUCCACCUCACAGUAAGAUCCCCAGGUAUAAAGGCCUCAGAGGACAAAGUCAGACAGCAGCCCAGGACUCAGAACGCUCUCUGAGUAAAGGAGAUUUCCAGCAGGAGGAGAUCUCUGCGGACAAGAGGGAGCGCCUGGACCUGGACCUGGAGGAGGAGGAAGACCUCGAUGAAGGAGAUUCUUUCUUUGAUGACCCGUUGCCCAAACCGCAGAAGACCUAUGGCUGUGCCGUCCCCGUGUUGGAGGAGAGUCUCUCUGGCUCCAUCGUGUCCUCCAUGAGACGAGGCAAAAGUCUGAGCGACCUGUCUAUGCUGGCUGCUGACUCAGAGGGCGAGCGAGACGAGCCUCUCUCUGAUCCCUCUGAGCUCAGGAAGAGGGAGGUGUCCGGAUCCAGGGGGAGUCAAGGAGGGUCGCUGUCCGAGGCUCAGAGACCGGCAUCAGGAGGAGGAGGAGGAAAAGGACAAAGCAGCAUGUCGGAGCCAAACCUCAGCAGGAAUGGAGCAUCUCAGGACAAAGACAGAGGCUUCAAGGCUCCAAGUGACAGAAGUGGAUCUCUGCACUUAGAUGACGAGGUCGAGUACGACGACGACUUCAACAGUCACCGCUCUGAGUUCUCCAAGAGCGAGCUGAGCAUCGGCGAGGAGAUCGAGGAGGUUUCCAUUGAGGGCCCCGACCACAGUGACAAGGUGGAUGAAUCCACUCAGGACGUCAGCAUCUCUCAGCUCAGUCAGAGUCAUGGAGCCGACUACAUGGAGGACGUCGGCUGAGCCUCCCAUCAUGCACCUCUUCUUUGUAUCCUGAUAUUUAAGCUUGUACAGUCUCAGUGAAGAAUAAAGCUCUGUGUUCAUAAAUCAA